AUGGUCUUGGGUGGGCGUAAGAGACACGGUCGCGUCCAGUCGCUCGUUCGCCUUUUCUAUGAAUGGGGCACAGGGCUAUGCGGGAGCUAUGAAGAAGAGAGGGAGCAAACGGCGGGAGAAAUAGGAGUGACAGCGGUGGAGAAAGGGCGAGAGGCGUUAUUUACGGACGGGCCAACAAAGAGGGGAGUAAAAAAAAUGUGUUUUCGUAAGGAUAGGGUCGUUGAGGGUGCGAACCUGAAUUGGACAGUGUGCGCGGCAGAAUUCAGCGAGUUGUGUUGA